GCCGCCGCCGCCGCUCCCGGUGAGGCUCGCGCUCGAGCUGCGGCGCCGGCCCCGCCGCCUGGGCCCCGGGCCCGGCCCCUCCCGCGCCGCCCGGGCGAUGAGAAGCUGCUUCUGCGUGAGACGGAGCCGGGACCCGCCGCCGCCGCAGCCGCCGCAGCCGCCGCCGCCCCAGCGGGGAACAGACCAAUCCACCAUGCCUGAAGUCAAAGACCUUUCGGAAGCCUUGCCAGAGACGUCAAUGGACCCCAUCACGGGAGUGGGGGUGGUGGCUUCUCGGAACCGAGCCCCGACAGGCUAUGAUGUAGUUGCGCAGACGGCAGAUGGUGUGGAUGCUGACCUCUGGAAAGACGGCUUAUUUAAAUCCAAGGUUACCAGAUACCUGUGUUUCACAAGAUCCUUUUCCAAAGAAAAUAGUCAUUUAGGGAACGUGUUAGUGGAUAUGAAGCUCAUUGACAUCAAGGACACCCUGCCUGUAGGCUUCAUCCCAAUUCAGGAGACGGUGGACACACAGGAAGUAGCUUUUAGAAAGAAGAGGCUGUGCAUUAAAUUUAUCCCACGGGAUUCCACGGAAGCUGCAAUCUGUGACAUUCGGAUCAUGGGCCGGACCAAGCAGGCCCCUCCUCAGUACACGUUUAUUGGGGAGCUGAACAGCAUGGGGAUCUGGUACCGAAUGGGCAGAGUACCAAGAAAUCAUGACUCAUCUCAACCCACAACACCUUCCCAGUCGUCAGCUGCGUCCACCCCAGCCCCCAGCCUUCCCAGGCACAUCUCUCUCACUCUCCCUGCUACCUUCCGGGGCAGGAACAGCACGCGGGCCGACUACGAGUACCAGCACUCCAACCUGUACGCCAUCUCAGCAAUGGAUGGUGUGCCUUUUAUGAUCUCAGAGAAGUUUUCUUGUGUUCCAGAGAGUAUGCAGCCCUUUGAUCUGUUGGGAAUCACCAUCAAAUCUCUGGCAGAAAUUGAGAAGGAGUACGAAUACAGCUUCCGCACGGAGCAGAGCGCCGCUGCCAGGCUCCCGCCCAGCCCCACGCGCUGCCAGCAGGUGCCCCAGUCCUGAGGGCCCGGACGCCGACGCCACCUGCACCUGCGGGAGAAGACACACCGGCCCAGACUACUGAGCGCCCCGCCCUCUCCCGCUCCCCCCUGCCCGCCCUUCACACUGCCCCGCAGGGCUCGUCUGGGGACUGCGGGCAGCUGAGCGCCUCCACCUCCGGCCAUCGGCUUGCCUGACAUGACACCCCACCUUCCCGGGGAUGUGGCUCAUAACCUCGACUAACCUGUGUGCUGUAGUGACCAGCGGCUCCUAACGUGUCUAUGUGAUGAGCGGUCGUCCUCUAAACAACGCUACUCACCACGGGCGUCACCCCUGGGGGGCCCUGGACAGUUGCCCAGGCCACCCGGCGACGCCACCAGCCCCCUUCACUCCUGACUGUCUCCUGCCACUAAGCCCGUUGCUUUCCUCCUGGAAGACCCUGAGGGGGUGGCAGCUUUCCACAGGACCCUCCAAGGAUCGCUGGCUGCCUAGGCCCGGGCUGCCGUGGAACGAGCCCCUCACGCCGCCGGGACUGAGUGCCCCCAGCAUUUCACGGCAGCCCGAGCGGACCCGCCCGGCCCCCGCCCCACUGUGGACGUCCUGUGCUUGGACUCCUGACUGGACUCACACACUGGAUGUCCCGGGGUCAGGGAGCAGCAGGCCCAGCUGCCAGCACGGGGGUGGGGCUUGCUCGCUGGGCAAGAAGGCCGAGUGCCCGGCGCUGGCUGCCCAGGACGCUGGGCUCGCCCACCUCACACCCACUUCCCCCAAAGGGCUCAUCUCUGCGGCACCCACGUGCCAUCAGCGGUGCCAACGGCCGCUGCCCGGUGCUGUGAGCCCCUGCCCUGGGGGACCGGGGCACGUGCUCACCUGGCUUCUCAGAGCCGGGCCUCGUCUCGACGGCCUCUGCUCUUAGGAAAGGUUGUUUUGAAAAAGUCCUUUGACGCAGGUCACCGAACCGAGGCCAGCCCUGACGUUUCUGCCACUGACGGCCAGUAGACACAGUGCCAGCUGCCAAGUUCAACUCCACGCACGUUUGCCGUGAGAACAGCGGUUGCCGCCAUGGCUGCGGACUUGGGCCCCCGCCCCAAGGGCCUGCCUUGUCUGGCUGUUGGUGGUUCCCGUCUCGGGGCGUCACCAGGCAGUCAGAACUUUGCACAGGAAGUUUGGCAUGUGGGGGGCUGUGGGGAGCAGUGAGGUUCCCCCACCAGGAAGGCAUCACAGGAGAGCCACAGCCAGGGGCAGGCCACGCCCCGCUGCAGGCCCCGGGACAGCGCGUGGGUGGCUGGGGGCCAGCGGGAACCAGCCAGCAGUAGGAGAGCGGCCGCGGCUAAGCAGUAGGGCAGGGCAAAAAAUACCUCACGUACCUGUCAGCCCUGCCACCUCCAGCCCCCUCAACUCUCGCCCCUGGUCACCCCUUGGUCUUCAUGUUGAUACCUCCGGAUUUCUGUGCAUUAGGGAAGUGGUUCCCCGCCGCCCCUUCCGUGAAAGCAGAGGACAUUGCUGGUGAGACUGGCCUUCCCGUGCCACCCACGCAGCAAGGUGGCAGGAGAGGACAGUGUGUGGGACCCACCAGGGCCCGGGAGACUUCGGGAGGGAGACGGCAGGCCCCAGGGACCUUGGGGAUUGGUGCUUAACCGGGGGAGAGCCGACCGGUCUCAGAUGGACCCACUGAAAUAAGCCAGUUGUUUCUGGGAACUGGGGAGCCCCAUGGGGCUCAGAACUCAUGUGUCUGCUGCUGCUUUUAGGAUGGGUGGCUGGUUCAAAGUCAAGUGACCUGUGUGACUCGAAGCCCAACAGCCAGGGGUGCUGUCCAGCAGGCUUGGGGGUGGGGCGGGGGGUGGAGCCCCGAUUACUGCCCAGCUCCCUGGACCCUGCUCUCUGCUCCGGUCGUUCUUCACGCCCUGGCUGUGGGAGUCCUUCUGAGUGGUAAUGCCGGCAGCCCUUCUCCCUUAACUAACAGCCAGGCAUUUCAGCGGCUCUGCUGGGCCCGAGAAGGCUCAGGUAUGGCAAUGUGGGACCCAGCGGUGACGGUGGUCAUCAGUGAGAGGAGGAGGAGGGGUGUCCACAGCUCCCCACGCACACCCCCGCGGGGGCUCAGGCGUGCCGGGAGACCUCCACAGCGUCACAGACUUAGUCUAGAUAACAGCGUUGACAGUGCAUGUCACAGUGAACGGCUGGUGCCUAAGACGACCCAGCAGUAAGCUGGCUGUGUGGUAGACUUUAGGCUGCUCCUGACCCUCUUUCUUUGCCUUGUGGGAGGUGGGUGAGGCUGACAGGCAAGGGGUGCAUGCAUGUGCAUGCGCACGUGCAUGGGUGCCCAGCCCACGCGGGGUGCUCACUCACACCUGCAAAACCGAGUGACCUGUUUCUUUCUGGGAGGGCAAUUUUCUUUACAGUCUGGCCAGGUGGGAAGGGAAGGAAAGGUUCUCAUGGAAAUGUGAAGGGCAGCGGCCUUGCCCUCACCACCCCCCAACACCCUCCAUCCCCCCAAAAUACUCUAAGCAGAGCACAGCGCCAACCCCCACCCCCCUGCCUUCUCUUCCCACUGAAAGUUCAAAAAUUCUCUCCAAAGGCCUUGGAAGUGGCACAGCGGUGACAAGGAGUAAGCACUCUGCUCCAGGCUCACUUGCAAAUUUAUAACAAGGCUUCUUUCCCCAUCCAAGUCCGAGAACCAAUCUCAGCCGUGAGCCGCCCCUCGGAAAGAGGGGCCCCGUGGGCACGGAGAAACAGCAGUUAGAGCCCAGGCUGCCCGUGCCCCCCGCCAGGAGGUUACCACCUGUCUGCCCGUCUUGCUGGCGACACGCGGUUGGUGGUGAGAAGCGGCUGAGGUCGGUUGGGGGCUGUUUGCCGCCUGCCCCACGUCCUUCAGAAAGGUGGCAGGUGGGGACGAGAAGACAAGCGCGCACUGUGCUCACAUUCUGUGCCAGGCCUCGGGCCGGCACCUCAAGCACAUUUUUCUCAACAUUGCCCCCUAAGAAACACACGUACCCAGAAGGGGAUGUGAUUUGCUCCUCGUUACAGAUGGAGAAGCUGAGACUUGUCCAAGGGCACAAGGCUGGUAAGUGGCAGAGACAGGCUUUGGACCCAAGUCUCAUCUGGCCCCAGAGUCCACGGUGCCAGCCCUCCCAACAUAAGCACAUGCCUCAUGAUGACCUUUUAGUUUCUGGGCCACUAACGGCCAUCGCAGCCACCACCAGUCAUGCUGGCGUCGCCAUAGCAUCUCGACACGGGCGCUGAGCAUGGGGGUGGGGGGGCGCCUGCCCGCCCCACCCAGACGAGGGCCCCCUGCGGCUGCCCCAUCGCUGGCCAUUUGUGGGGCAGCCCUGCCCGCAGCUACCCUGAGAACUGGGGGGCCUGAGGGUGGGCGCAGAGAAAGCCCUCCACAAAGCAGCCCCGUGCCCGCAGGGUGCCCCGGAGCUGAGCCCGCCGGACUCAGCUCACCGUCUACUGUCCAGGGACCCGGAGCUGCCGGCGCCCCUGGGUCAGCCCAGCUUUCUUCACCUGCUGCAGACGCGGCCCCUCGGCAGCUGCGCUGUCACCACCGCGAGGCGGGGCUCUGCUCCCCCAGCAAAGGGCGCAGGGCCUCCGCCGGCCACCGUGCACUGGCCGUGGGAACGGCGUCCUUCCUGCGAGUAUUUAUUUGAGGCGACUCUUGUACUUGGCAAAGGGAAGUUUCACUGUGUGAUUGUCUGCCUU